ACUAACUAUGCGCGCAAGGCGAGCCGAUAUAUAAGUCCAGUCUUCGCGAGCCGCCGAUCAUCGGAGUACGUACCUACAUCAAAUUCUAGUGUGGAAUGAUACCGCGACCAUCGGCGCCGCGGUUUUAUAGUACGCGAUAUCAACCAGCGUUAUUGUGAUUGGUCGUUUAGAUUUCGUUUACUGUCGCGCGUACCUAAUAUUAUUUAAUGUAAACUGUAGAUAUAUUCAAUACAUUCAAUACAUCCGAUACAAUUCGAUACAAACCAAGUCUUUCAUUACAUCUCUCCAACCGGCUAAAGUGGUGACCCCGAGGAACAACAAGCACCCCGACAAAAAAAUCCGAAGAACAACAGAAGCACACCCGACGAACAACAAGCAAGCGCGUCACGGUGAAAAGCCAAAAAAAAAAAAAAGAAGAAAAAAAUUACAAUCAACUAAAAAAAAAAAGAAGAAAAGUAAAAAACAUUAGUAAUUAAAAAAAAUAAUAAUAAAAAAUGGCAUCACCUAACAACGCUUCAGUAGCAGAUAGCCAGGGGGAAAUCGCAGGAAUCGCCUUAUCAAUGCGAGUUCCACCUUUCUGGAGAGACAAGCCACGACUUUGGUUCAUCAGUUUCGAAGCAGCCACUGCUGAUCUCAAAAAAAGUCAGGACCAGUUGGCACAAAUGGUCAUUGCGCAACUACAAAAGGAAGAUAUCGAGCAAAUUUCCGAUAUACUCUUCGAUCCACCGGCAACGGACCUAUACACCGCAGUGAAGAACCGCCUCAUCUCCGCAUACGAAGAAUCUGACAGCCGCCAGCUGCAAAAGCUGCUGUCUGAAAUCGAGCUAGGAGACCAAAAGCCUACUCAGUUACUUCGCCGCAUGAGAUUUCUUGCCAGAGAAAAGGUCCCGGAUUCAACGCUGCGCAUACUGUGGACUAAUCACUUACCAUCACAUGUGCGAUCUGUACUCGCCGCAAGCGAAUCAUUCAGCACGAAGACCGCACUAGACGAGCUCGCUAUAUUGGCCGACAAGAUGGUGGAAUCAAGCCCAAGCUCACACAUCGCAGCCGUCGAAAGCCCCAGUACGAGCGUUCCACCCAGCGAUACGAAGUUCCUAGUCGAAGAGAUAAGGAAGCUGUCACUUGAAGUCGCUGCGCUGAAGAUGGUUCACCAAAACUGCCAACACCGCGGAAGACCAAACUAUCGACGCAAUCGGACAAACUCGAACGGACGCAGAUCUCGAAGCUCGACACCGUCGCCGUACUGUUUUUAUCACCGGCGUUAUGGGGCAGCUGCAAGAAGAUGCACUAAGCCGUGCUCCUACCAGACGAAGUCGGAAAACUAAUAGUUACGCUGGACGAAGCGGGAUCCGGCGUAUCCGAAAUUUCAUACCGCUUGUUUGUCACCGACAAGAAGACUGGAACAUCAUUCCUGAUCGACACCGGGGCGAACAUCUCCGUUAUACCGCCAACUGCGAAGCAAACACCGAAGCCACUGAAGUUUCAACUCUACGCCGCUAACAAUACAGUCAUCCCGACCUAC